AUUCCUGAGACGCAGCUACGGCGAGGACAUGACUUGUUGAGAUAACAACAGUGUGGAUGUAAAGCAUCGAUUUACUAUUUAAUAAACGCACCGUAGAUAAACGUGUACACGUUUUAACAAUGUUGGCUUGUAAAAGGGGCCUAACCUUCUCCGUGACCUCUGCUCUCCGGACUCUUCGACCUAGCAACCGAGUUGUCGUGUGCGGCCAGGCGCACAGACGUCUGUCCACACAGACGGACGGAGAGGUCCGGAUCGCCACCGUCCUGAAGGAGAAGUUCCCGUUAGCCUCGUCGCUCAAAGUCGUGGAUAUCUCAGGUGGUUGUGGGGCCAUGUAUGAGAUUCAUAUAGAGUCCAGUGAGUUCAAAGGCAAAAGGACAGUGCAACAACACCAGCUAGUAAAUCAGGCUCUCAAGGAGGAGAUUCAAGGAAUGCAUGGACUGAGAAUUUUCACUGAGGUCCCAAAGCAAUAGAGGAAGUCCUUCCACUGCUGACCAACAACCUCUUUUCCCCUUUGUUCACAGUAGCUUUUAUGAAUGUACAGUAUAUAAGAGGAUAUUGUGUUCUAGAUGAAUUCCAUGGUAACUGUUGGUGUGCCUGUGGCAGAGAUGCAGAGUUAAGUUUUUUUUUGAUCCAGUGAGAUAUGUUCUGCUUUGAGACAAUAUAUACACCCAGUGAAGGCUGUGAAAUGCACAAAAACGACUUCCAGUAAGAAAAUGCCAGUACAAUGUCAAGUCAUGUUGGUUUUCUCAGGGUUGACUUGUGCAGUCCAGGAAUUCUGACCAUAAAUAUAACCUUUUUUUUGAGAAUUGCUGCAGACCCUUUAAAACUGAGUUCUACAUUGCAAUUUCACUUACACUGUGAUCACAAGACAUAUGCUUUAUUAAUUGAUUACAAUCCAUUGUAUAGUACUUUGACCUUGUAUUUAUUCUACCUUUGGACCGAUAGUCAGAGUUACAAUAAAAGCAGAUGCUCCUCCUCGACACACUUAA